CUAAGUUGUAAGUUUGACUGAAUACAGAAAACAGAAGAGUAGGCUGUGAAUGCAGCUUUCGGCGCUCUUUCUUUUCUUUUCUUUCCAGAUUUUAGCCAACACUACGAUGCUCAUUUCUUACUCAAUAACCAUAUUUAUAUAUCUAUAUUUUAUCUGUAUCUAAUUGUUUAUUUUAAUAUAUCUAACACAUAAACGACAUUGAUUUUAUUAAAAUAUAUAUUAUUAUAGAAAUCUGGAAAGUAAUACAAACCAGCUCAAGAGGAACUAAAGCAAUUGUUUUCUAGCUCCAAUACUACAUACUUGGCCAUUUCCACCAAAUCAAGCGCCAUCUAUCCCUUAUACUCCGUUUCACAGAUAGACCCUUUUGUUGUUUUGUUCGUUGGCAUUGUGAUUAGGCCAGUUUGAAGACAUUAUGGAUGAGCUUUAUGGAAGGGAAUUGAAGAGUCAUUCAAGACGUGGUUGGGCCUGAUUAGAUCUUCUAUGCUAUUUCUAAUACAAAAUAUGGGCUUGCUCUGCAGCAGAAAUCGCCAUUACAAAGAAGCGGAUGCUGAAGAGAAUGUACAGACUGCAGAAAUUGAAAGGCGAAUUGAACAAGAAACAAAGGCUGAAAAGCAUAUUCAGAAACUUCUACUACUUGGUGCUGGUGAGUCAGGGAAGUCUACAAUUUUUAAGCAGAUAAAACUUUUGUUCCAAACCGGCUUUGAUGAGGCAGAGCUCAAGGGCUACAUCCCAGUCAUUCAUGCCAAUGUGUAUCAGACCAUAAAACUACUGCAUGACGGAUCAAAGGAGCUUGCUCAGAAUGACGUGGAUUCCUUGAAGUAUGUUUUGUCCAAUGAAAAUAAGGAGAUUGGAGAAAAACUAUCAGAAAUUGGAGGCAGGUUAGAAUAUCCACACCUUACUAAAGAGCUUGCCCGGGAUGUAGAGACCCUAUGGAAAGAUGCUGCUAUUCAGGAAACAUAUGCUCGUGGUAAUGAACUUCAAGUUCCUGAUUGUACCCACUACUUCAUGGAAAACCUUCAAAGGUUGUCGGAUUCGAAUUAUGUUCCAACAAAGUGUUUGCAGGAAGACGUUCUUUGUGCGAGAGUUCGGACAACAGGAGUUGUAGAGAUUCAGUUCAGUCCUGUUGGGGAAAAUAAGAAAAGUGGUGAAGUAUAUAGACUCUUCGAUGUUGGAGGCCAGAGAAAUGAGAGGAGAAAAUGGAUCCAUCUUUUUGAAGGUGUUACAGCUGUUAUAUUUUGUGCUGCUAUUAGCGAGUAUGAUCAGACACUCUUUGAGGAUGAUAACAAGAACCGGAUGAUGGAGACCAAAGAACUCUUUGACUGGGUCCUGAAGCAACCAUGUUUUGAGGUGCAGAAAACAUCCUUCAUGCUGUUCCUAAACAAGUUUGACAUAUUUGAGAAGAAGGUUCUAAAAGUGCCCCUUAAUGUGUGCGAGUGGUUCAAAGAUUACCAGCCAGUUUCAACAGGAAAACAAGAGAUUGAGCAUGCAUAUGAGUUUGUGAAGAAGAAAUUUGAGGAAUUAUAUUUUCAGAGCACCACCCCUGAUCGUGUUGAUCGGGUCUUUAAGAUCUACAGAACCACUGCUCUUGAUCAAAAGCUUGUGAAGAAGACUUUCAAGCUUGUAGAUGAGACUUUGAGGAGAAGAAAUCUCUUUGAGGCUGGUUUAUUGUGACCAAAGAAAGAGUCCUCUCAGGAGAAACAGAAGUACAAAAAAGGAAAAAAGUAAAGAUUGUAAUUUGGAGAAGGAACUGCAUCAAGAUUUUGAGCACUGUGAUUCCUUGAUUUUUAGCAUUUUAUUUUCAUUAAAUUCUGUUCAAUAUAUGAGUGAAGGAGAGCUUUUAGCAUAUGUAAUCCAUAUGGCCAGAUGGAUACUUAGCUUUCCAAAGACGAUCCUAUUAAUUUUUUCUCUUUUUAUUUUUAAAAAAAAAUUUAAUAUAUAUAUAUAUAUAUAUUUUUUCUUAA